AUGGAAGCAUACAGGAGUUGCGUGGCAUUGAACCCCGGGAGAGAGGAGUCAUGGAUUCAGCUAGCGGGUCUCUACCUCUCGCUUGGAGACAUCCCUUCAGCUUUGCGAAGCUACUUGUCAGCGCUGGAAAGCAACCCGAGCUGCAGUGCGGCGCAUGCUGGCAUCGGGCGGAUCCUUGAGCAAGGAGGGAAGACAGAGGCUGCGAUCGUGUCUUACGAGAAAGCAAUGAGAGCGGGCGGAGGAGACAAGGCAACCCUAAUGUCGCUGUACACCCUCUACUUCAGAUCCAGAAGGUUUGAAGCAGCUCGAGACGUCGCUCAGCGAUUGUGCAAUGAGAAUACAGACGAUGAAGACGUCAGUACAAAGCUAGGUCACGCUCUGAUGGAACUUGGGCGAACGGCAGAAGCUCAGCGAUCCUUCUUGUUCUCCUCGAUAUCAAAUUUGACAGAAUGUAACAUGAAGAGCAGGCGAGCGGUCGACCUGAACCAAGGUUAUGGUCCAGCGUAUAACGGUCUUGGGGUGAGAUGA